AUGACGCCUCCAGCUUGCCCGGAGGAGCCAAGCUCCUCUGCCUGCCAGCGCGAGCGACACGAAGUGCCCCAGUCGCCGUCCGCCGCAGAAUGUUCCUCCGGAAAGGAGAACGAAGGUAAAACGCAGCCUCGUUCAGCUGACGCGAGCGAGCACAAAACUCUGUCAAGCGACGCGCCAGAAGACGAUGCCGAAGUCGACGUCGCGCGGGCAGCUUUGUACUUCUCCGUUCACACGCAGAGAGGCAGCGCCUACCGAAGACCGAAAGCGCAGCCGUGCGAGCGCGAAGAAGGCUACAAAAGAGAAGACAGCGCAGCUGGGGACGGAGGCCGAGAGGGCGAGUGCGCCACGCGCCUCCAGAAGGUCGUGGACAAAAAGGAGUUCAACGGCGACGAGGAGCUGCCUCUGGCUGAGCUCCUUGAAGUUUCUGAAAAAGAAGGAAGCAUCGACCCGCGGCGCGUCACGCGGACAGACAUCUACCGCAGAGGGCGCGUGCCUUGGUCAUCCAGUCCGUCUCCUUCGCCGUCGCCGGCUGCGGCCUCCUCCGCUGCAGGCAGCGGCGCCUCCUCAGAGCGCGAAGAAGUGCGAGAUGUGUUUGUGCUGGAGGGCGUCUUCUCCGCCGCGGAGUGCGAGUGGCUGCGCCGACGUGUGGAAGACGGCCCACAGUUCACCUACUGGGAUUCAACCGGCACGGCGUCGUCUCAGUACCGCAGCGCCUACACCGCAGAAGUCCACCACCCUGCGCUAGCUGACCUCAUCUGGGAGAGAAUCAAGGACUGGGUUAUUAAAGAGGUCACGAUCUCUGAAGACGACGAAGCCCGAGCCGAGCGCGACCUCGUUGGCGACUGGAUUGCCUGCGGAGUGAAUCCGCAUCUCCUUUUUGCAAGGUACACGGACGGUGCUCACUUCGGGCCCCACACAGAUGGGUGCACAGCUCUCGACUUCAACACACGCACGCUAUGGCCUGCCGUUCUCUAUUUGAACGAUGUCGCUGAUGGAGGAGAAACCCUGGUAAUUGACGACGCACAGAAAACCGAGCCGAUGGUGCGCGACAAAGCAGGAAGACACACAGCGGACCCUCGGCUGAUCGUCGACGCAGUAGAGGCGCGGACCGGGCGGAUGCUGUUAUUCUACCAUACUCAGAUGCACGAGGGAAGGCGGGUCGGACCAGGAGCGAGUAAAUACAUUAUUCGGACAGAUGUUCUGUACCGCCGAAAAACACCUCUUCUGACGGCCCCGCAAGAUCAGGAUGCCUAUGCGCUGUGGCGGCGCGCAGAGCUCCUUGCGGAAGAGGGUCAGACGGACGAGGCUGCUGCUCUUUUUCGGAGAAGUCUCAAGCUUUCCCCUGAUCUAGCGGCAAUUUAUGGAAUGGCUUAA